AUGCCCCUCCGCCCGCGCGCCCGGCCCCGUCGACCCCGCGCGCGCGCGCCCGGCCCCGUCGGCCCCCGCGCGCGCGCGCCCCGGCCCCGUCGGCCCCCGCGCGCGCGCGCGCCCCGGCCCCGUCGGCCCCCGCGCGCGCGCGCGCCCCGGCCCCGUCGGCCCCCGCGCGCGCGCGCGCCCCGGCCCCGUCGGCCCCCGCGCGCGCGCGCGCCCCGGCCCCGUCGGCCCCCGCGCGCGCUGCGCGCGCCCCGGCCCCGUCGGCCCCCGCGCGCGCGCGCGCCCCGGCCCCGUCGGCCCCCGCGCGCGCGCGCGCCCCGGCCCCGUCGGCCCCGUCGCGCGCGCGCGCCCCGGCCCCGUCGGCCCCGUCGCGCGCGCGCGCCCCGGCCCCGUCGGCCCCGUCGCGCGCGCGCGCCCCGGCCCCGUCGGCCCCGUCGCGCGCGCGCGCGCCCCGGCCCCGUCGGCCCCGUCGCGCGCCCCGGCCCCGUCGGCCCCGUCGCGCGCGCGCGCCCCGGCCCCGUCGGCCCCGUCGCGCGCGCGCGCCCCGGCCCCGUCGGCCCCGUCGCGCGCGCGCGCCCCGCCCCCGUCGGCCCCGUCGCGCGCGCGCGCCCCGGCCCCGUCGGCCCCGUCGCGCGCGCGCGCCCCGGCCCCGUCGGCCCCGUCGCGCUGCGCGCGCCCCGGCCCCGUCGGCCCCGUCGCGCGCGCGCGCGCGCCCCGGCCCCGUCGGCCCCGUCGCGCGCGCGCGCGCGCGCCCCGGCCCCGUCGGCCCCGGCGCGCGCUGCGCGCGCGCGCCCCGGCCCCGUCGGCCCCGGCGGCCCCGGCGCGCGCGCGCGCGCGCCCCGGCCCCGUCGGCCCCGGCGCGCGCGCGCGCGCGCCCCGGCCCCGUCGGCCCCGGCGCGCGCGCGCGCGCGCCCCGGCCCCGUCGGCCCCGUCGGCCCCUCGCGCGCGCGCCCCGGCCCCGUCGGCCCCGUCGGCCCCUCGCGCGCGCGCCCCGGCCCCGUCGGCCCCGGCCCCCGCGCCCCGGCCCCGUCGGCCCCGUCGGCCCCUCGCGCGCGCGCCCCGGCCCCGUCGGCCCCGGCCCCCGCGCCCCGGCCCCCGCGCCCCGGCCCCGUCGGCCCCUCGCGCGCGCGCCCCGGCCCCGUCGGCCCCGGCCCCCGCGCCCCGGCCCCCGCGCCCCGGCCCCGUCGGCCCCUCGCGCGCGCGCCCCGGCCCCGUCGGCCCCGGCCCCCGCGCCCCGGCCCCCGCGCCCCGGCCCCGUCGGCCCCUCGCGCGCGCGCCCCGGCCCCGUCGGCCCCGGCCCCCGCGCCCCGGCCCCGUCGGCCCCUCGCGCGCGCGCCCCGGCCCCGUCGGCCCCGGCCCCCGCGCCCCGGCCCCGUCGGCCCCUCGCGCGCGCGCCCCGGCCCCGUCGGCCCCGGCCCCCGCGCCCCGGCCCCGUCGGCCCCUCGCGCGCGCGCCCCGGCCCCGUCGGCCCCGGCCCCCGCGCCCCGGCCCCGUCGGCCCCUCGCGCGCGCGCCCCGGCCCCGUCGGCCCCGGCCCCCGCGCCCCGGCCCCGUCGGCCCCUCGCGCGCGCGCCCCGGCCCCGUCGGCCCCGGCCCCCGCGCCCCGGCCCCGUCGGCCCCUCGCGCGCGCGCCCCGGCCCCGUCGGCCCCGGCCCCCGCGCCCCGGCCCCGUCGGCCCCUCGCGCGCGCGCCCCGGCCCCGUCGACCCCGGCCCCCGCGCCCCGGCCCCGUCGCCCCUAGCCCGCGCGCCCCGGCCCGUCGCCCUAAGGCCCCCAGCCCCUCGCUCUCGGCCCCGCGGCCCGUUUCCCUUAGGCCUGUCAGAAUGUUUUAG